AGUACUGCACGAAAAAAAUUGCACAUUCUAUCUUCAGACCGUCUCCCUCAUGGUAGUUGGUGCCGACGUCGUGUUGACUGCAAAAUCAUGAGCGGAUACCCUUUUAAGGGUAUCAACUCCGACACCGGUAACAACCCCUCACAGGAAAAAGAGGCGGACACAAAGGGGAUUGAGCGAAUGGAUGGUGAGGGAGAAGGUAAGGCAGAGGGUGCAGAGGGUGGCAUAGGGAGAAAGGAGGAGGAGGGGAAGUUGGUAAGGGGUAUUUCGAUGGCUGAGGGAGAAGGAGAGGGGAGAGGGGAGACUGAGGAUAAGAUCGAUAACAACCCAUCACAGGAGAAAGAGGCGUCAAAGGAGGGUAAUGUUGAUCAAACGGAGACUAUAGAUGCCUUAGGUCUGAUGCACCUAGUUAAUAAACUAGACUCGGAAGCCCUUGGUUUCGUGCGUGUUACAGAAGAAGCUGCAAAACCCCUGGAAUCGCACAUGCAAGAGGUGAGGAGACAAGAGGACAACCAUGAGGAACAGAUGAUACAAAGUGUGGAGGCGGAACUAAAAGGCAAGGAGCUGAGUCUGGAGGACUCUACAGCCUCGGAGGAGGUUGGGCGAAAGAUUCGGUUCAAGACGAAGGAAUCUGCCAAGAAAGUAGGUACGAAACCUUCGAAGAAAACCAAGAAAUUGGACCGAGAGUUGCAGAAUGCAGACUCAGAGGUGAUACGCUCCCGUGACUCUGUGCCAUGAAUACUUUCCCUGCUAAAAAGAGAAGAUUAGAUAAUGGUUUGAUGAUGCUACGUAAGUACUACGUAGAAGAGCAGGAUGAGAAUAUGAAAAGCUUGGAAAUUGGGCCGGUGGAUAACCGAAAGAGAUCACUUGGGGCAAGAGCAAAAAAACAGGAAUUGAGCUUCGCUGCACCAAUGAAGACACUGUCCAGAACGGACAAAGCUAAUAAAACGGUCAAAGAAGU